CACCGUCGAGCCCAUCCAGUUCGAACGCGGCUCUUCCGUCCACUUCAACGGCGCUCAUCCGGCCACACACACAGACGCAGGAAGAUGCAAAUCCGACACGAAUCAAGUCCCAAAAUCCAGGUAAGGGUUUCUGAUUUUCACUGGGUAAGAGUCCCAAAAUAGGCAAUUCUUGAAUCGGUUGAAGAAAGCAAGGAAAGCUAUGGAAGGUCUGGUUGAGAUGGGUCUGGUUGCAUCUGGAAGGGAAAAGUUGGCAUCUGUUCCAUCUGGUGGUGGUGCAGUUGCUUAUUAUGCACCCGCAGCCGGCGGUGGUGGUGGGGCUGCUACUCCUGUCGCUGCUGAGCAGAAGAAGAAGGAGAAGGUGGAAGAAAAGGAAGAAUCAUAUGACGAUAUGGGUUUCAGCCUUUUCGACUAAGGGAUUUUUGUUCGGAGCUUUGCCUGUAUCAAGACUUCAUCUUUAUAAUUUUGGGACCAAAGCUGUGUUUUUAAGAAUAUGUUUGUAGUUGGAUAUGGUUCUGGAUCUCUAAAAUUUUGUUUAGAUAUGCAAGUGAUUGAAGACGUUUACUUUGGAUCUUAAUUCCAUCUAUUUGAGUCGAAAAAGAAAAAGAAAAAAAA